AUGGAUUCUUUUCUCUCAGCGCACACCAUCGCUCUUGCUCUCGUUCUCGUUCUCACCCUAGUCCUCGCUCUCGUCCUCAUUCUUUUUCUGGUUCCCAGCCUCCAUGCAGGUCUCAGUCUCGUGCUCGCCCAUGUUCUAGCCCCCACCCCCACAGCAGUCCAGCAAGGCAUCCACAGGAGCAGCAAUUCACUAAUUCCCACACACAAGUGGUACAAGAUUGAAAUCUCCACUCAAUGCUGGGUUGCAACACUGCUGCAUCACCUCGAGCCAGCAAGCCUUGCUGCUCAGUAUUGGUUGCAUAGUGUUUGGGGCAUUAAAGCAAACAUUCUUAGACCUUCCUUUAGGAAGGAUUUGCAAGGGAAUAGCACUACUCAUGUGUGGAGACACAUGUUCUUGCUGAAGGAAUCCAUCCUCAUGGAUUCUUUCAAGCAGUUUAUUUUCGCCACAGGCCAUUUCUUUGAUGAUCACACCAGCAGCAUACCUCUCCUGGAUGUGAAGGGGAUCGCAGCUUUCGCUUCCAUUGACGACUUGGUCUGCACCUCGUGUGCCUUCAAGCAUGCUGUUGACAAAUAUGAGCUAGCUCUACUUCAUCAAUUAGCCCCUCCUCCACUUCGUCAUGAGGUGAUCCCCGAUGUCUUGCUGGACUAUUGGAGCUACCCACCCAUUGCUGCCAGUCCUCAUCAAUUGUACUACAGUGCUGCUAUUGAUCGUAACACAUUCGGCAGCAUCAACUUUGUGGCAGAAAUUUGGCUGGUUGAAAGUGGUGAAAUGAAUGCUCUCAUUCAGUGUAUUGCUACAUGGUGA